AUGUAUGAAACUGGAGAUGAUCAUUUACAUCAAGAACCAAAAUCUACUGACAUAAACGAACAAUCAAAAGAAACUGAAUAUGAAGAUGAAAUUGAUGAUGAUAAUGAUGAUGAUGUUAAUAAAUUUCGAUUCUCUGUUACAACUAAAAUAUCAUUAUUCAACGCAACUAUUUCAAAUAAAAUUCAUGCUGAUGCUACCUACAAAUUAAUCUGGCAAGAAUUUCCUUGUUUUAUUAUUGGAACAACUGAUAUGAUCAAACAAUUUCACCCAUAUGGAUUCGCUGUAUGUUCCAAUGAAAAAGAAAAAGAUUUUGAAUUUAUAUUUAAUUGUAUUCGUGAUGGCCUACAUUAUUUAAACUUGCAAAUGAAUGAACAAAAGUUAGCACUAAUUGCAGAUGUAGCUGAAGCUAUUAGUAAUGAAUUUUUAAAAGUAUUUGAAAAACAUCAUAGUAUUGUUAUGUGCUGGGCUCAUAUACGGAAACGCGUAGAAAAAAAGUUAUAUUUAGCAGAAGAUAAAAAUUUACAUACUGAAAUUAUGGAUGAUAUUGAUACAUUACAACUGUCGAAAAAUAAAAAAACAUUUGAAAUUGCUAUGCAAGACUAUUCUUAA